CCAUUUUCUUGUCAUUUAAGUUUCACCGCGAUCUGUUAUUUAUUAUUAUUAUUUUCAAUUUACAGACUUCAUCGAUUUAAUAGACGAAGGUUAUCUCAUGAGGUUUCCCAGCCAAGAGUAUAACAACCUUUCCGACUUCACGGCCGAUAAUCUGGAAGAGUUGGGCAAAAUCAUUCGUCAAGCAGAGGCCGAAGGAACUAAACAGUCUGCUCCGGCGCUGGUUCCCUCACCAGCCAGCGUGGGUAAAAGACAUGACCCGGUGCAAUGAUUGUCUCAGACCCCCGAGGCCCUGACACCGUUCGUCUUGGCACAGCCGCCACAGUCCGAGAGAGGAAUCUCUGAAGCCUCAACCGAGACUCAUCAGCUCCUGCAGCCAGUCCCCCAGACCGCCGCUGCCGCAACUCUGAGAGCGGUCGAUGCCGCUCCGGAGCAUCCGAACGAGGUUACACGUCCUCCUGCACAAGCGCCACAGUCUUCUGUGGUCGGGAGGAAGAGGCGUCAUACAGCCGGCGGUAGCACCGGUAGCACCGGCAACAGCAACAGUCGACAGAGUUUUUCUCAUAACACUUAUAAAACUGCAAAAAGACCCAGAAAAUGUCCGCAUAGUUACAAAUGUGCGACCUGUCAGAGGGAGAAAGAAGAAUUACAUCUUCUCGUUGCUAAUGUGCUAAUAGACAUGAGCGAGAUCCUCUUGGUGUUUGAGUGUAGGUUUGGAUUGUUGUUGUUGUUGUUGUUGUUGUUUUGAUUUGUUUUUUGAUUUUUUUUGUUUUCUGUAACCAUGGAUGAAAGCAACCGCCGUCCCUCAAAACUUGAUGUGAUGAUACAAGAAUUAAAGCAGAAUGUAUUAAAUGAAGCUCAGGAACCCACUCAGUCUUUAUGUGAGGAACAAUAAGAUAAAGAAAUCCCUGACCCACUCACAGAUCAAUGGCUAUCGCAGAUCUUAAUCAUUCUCAAAGCAUUUUAAACACCAUAAAUCAAUGUCAAGACUUGUUGAAUCAAAUCGUAUCCAAAAGUUAAAUUUAAAAUCUGCGGCGUAACCGUAGAAAAAGAUUAGAGUGAGGAGCACCUGUGUUACAUACAGCGUUUACUGGCCGAGACAAAACAUACAGAGAAAUAGAUUUUCUACGAUUUUGAGAUGUACGUAGACUCGUCAGGAGCGCACGUCCCUUUUCUGGUGUGUACAAAAAACGCUCAACGGCAAAAGGUGGAAUGCUCAGGGUGUAGAUUGUGCCAAACAGUUUAUUACGCAUUUCAGACGACCUGCGUACAGAACAUCUGUCUUUAUCGCUCACAACGCUAGAGGAUUUGACAGCUACAUCGUGCUGAACGCCAUACUAUCUCUGAACAUGAAGCCAGAUGCGCUCGAUAGUCUGUUUCUUGACAAGCCGUCUGUCGGCUCUGCCUAAAGCCCUAGGUUUUCCCGAUUAAAAACAAGGGUUUUUUUCCCCCAUCGAUUUAGCUCCGAGAAUCAUUUAAAGUACGUAGGCCCCUACCCAGAGCCAGAGGCCUACAGCAUCAAACAAAUGAGCAAAGAGGGCAAGAGAGAAUAUCAAGCGUGGUACGAGACGGUGCGUCACGGCAAUUUUGAAAAAGAAGCCAUCCGCUACUGUCAAAACGACGUGGAUAUUCUCGGACAAGCCUGCGGCAUUUUCAGAAAAGGUUACAUCAAUGAAACGGGCGUGGACCCUUUCAGUUGCGCCACCAUCGCUUCGGCCUGCAUGAAAGUGUUUCGCACAAAUUUCCUAUGUCCCGACACCCUGGCCAUUCAAUCUCCCGACGACUAUCGAAGACGUCGCAAAGCCUACUCAAACGCAGGCGUUCAGUGGUUAGAGUGGGUGUCGCAUACCGAGGGCGUCUUUAUUCAGCACGCGUUGAAUGCGGGUGAAAAACAGAUUGGUCGCUACUUUGUAGACACUUGCGUCGAGGUCCGAGGUGUGAAAACGGCGUGGGAGUUUCUGGGUUGUUGUUGUUAUCACGGUGGUCCGUCUAGCUUUCAGUCCCAUGACACCUGCCCUCUGACGGGUCCACUAGGACACCCCGAAAUAGUUCACCGAGAUUUCAAAGAGCCGCAAAACUACUUUGGGUUAAUCAGGGCCGUCGUCUACCCGCCUCGAGGUUUGUUUUUCCCCGUAUUGCCCUACAAAACAGCCACCGGUAAACUGGUGUUCACGCUCUGUCGAACGUGCGACGAGCUUAAUUUUCAGGCCGGCUCAUGUACGGAUGACUAUGAGGCUAGGGCAUUGAUGGGGGUUUGGGUCACUCCCGAAUUUAACAAAGCCUUGGAGUCGGGGUACCGCUUAGGUAAGAUCACAGAGGUGUGGCACUUUGAUAGACACAGCAACGACAUAUUUGUAGAGUACAUGCACGCUUUUCUCAAGGGUAAACAGGAGGCCUCGGGCUACCCCGCCGAGGCCUCGGAACAGGAGAGUAGAGAAAAAUACAUUGCGGACUACAGGGCGAAUCAGGGGAUUUUGCUGCACGCGGACAAAAUUCAACCAAACACGGCUAAAAGACAGGUGGCUAAGCUCUGUCUAAAUAGCUUAUGGGGAAGGUUUGCCCAGAGAAGUAACCUGAACCAGACCGUGCUCGUCAGGGAACCGGAGGAGUUUUUCAGCUACAUGUUUUCAGAAAAACACAAAGUCAAAUACUUUUUCUUCCUAAACGAGACCACGGUUCUGAUUCAGUGGUGUCACGGCGAUCUGUAUAUCGCACCCCCCAACAAGACAGACAACGUGUUUAUUGCGGCAUUCACCACAGCCUACGGCCGUCUAAAGUUGUAUGACUAUUUGCAACAAAUGCAAAAUCGGGUACUUUACCUCGACACCGACUCUCUAAUUUAUGUCGCAAAAGAGGGAGAGACCAGGCUCAAACUGGGUAAUUAUUUAGGAGACUUGACGGAUGAGUUGGGCGGUAACACGAUACGGGAUUUUGCAGCCGCGGGUCCUACAAGUUACGCGUACUUGACCAAAAAUAAGCGAGCCGUGCUGCGGUUGAAGGGCAUUACUCAGACGCACAAAUGUCAAAAUCAAUUUUGACAGCGUCAAAGAGCUGGUAGAGGGCUACCUGCAAAACCACCGCACGGGGGACAGGAGGAGGAGGGGUUUAUUGAGACUCUUCAACACGGCAUAAAGAGGGAUAAAAACGGGUUUCUUCUUAAAAACUCGUCAUUUUUAAAAAGGUUUCAUGUGGUAUUUCACAAGAGACGGCUGCUUUCCACAGGUGAAACGUUGCCGUUUGGCUAUUGAAAUGUUUUCAGUUGACCAGCGGUUGUGGAAAAACUUUUUUGUAAAAAGUGUAUUGGAAAACUGUCAAUGUUUUGUCUCAGGUGCCUGAAAAUAUUGUAUGGAUAUAUACUUUGUUUCAACCCAUGUACGCAGAGCUGCAAAAGAUGAAUAAAAAGAUUAAAUUUGUUGAA